AUGCAAAAAUUAGUCGCCGUGCUCAUUGCGAUUGCCGCUGUGCUUAUUAGUAUUUAUUAUCAACAACAUUUUGUGAUGAAAGCGGACACGAAACGUCGUGCCUGGCUAACAUUGCUGGUCAAUGAAGAAUAUGUACCAGGUGUCUUAGCAUUAGUUCGUUCAUUAAAACGAGCGAAGAGUAUGUAUCCAUUAGUAGUGCUAUUGGUUUCGGAUCAACUGUCUGAAGAAACUCAAGAAAUGAUUUUAAAUGAAGGAUGUCUCGUACGGCCAGUUGAAACCAUUUAUCCAACGCAAAAAACAGGGAAUCUUGCUUUUCAACGUUUAACUCAUGAUUGGACAAAACUACGAGCAUUCCAAAUCAGAAUCCAAAUUUUGCUGCUGUUCAAACUUGCAUAUGCAAUCCGGCAAAAAACGUCAUCAUAUCCGAAAUAUUGGAAACCGGAAAAUUGUCCCUACACUCAUGGUGAAAAUUCGGAUGGGCAUGAUCUGGUUUAUGAACAUGGUCGCCUCUUCAACAGCGGCUUAUUUGUAUUUCAUCCAAAUUUAGUAGUCUUUGAACAAAUGAUCACAGCGCUUAACACGUGGGAUCUGACUGACGUCAUAUUUGCUGAUCAGGAUUUUCUCAAUCAAUUUUAUCGUUCUUCACGGAAGCGUUUGCCAUAUAUUUAUAAUUCGUUAAAAACAUUCUCUAAAACGCACCCAUAUCUUUGGGAUGAAUUGAAAAUCAAAGCUAUUCAUUUCAUCCUGCAAAAACCAUGGGACAACCUGAAUAUCGCGCGACAAUGGCAUACAGCAUCGAUUCUAGACAAUGGAAAAAUCUUAGUAGCAGGUGGAGUAGGCGCUUUCUGUUCUGGAGCUACGGCAGAACUCUUUGAUCCAUCAACGCAACAAUGGACACUUACUGGCAACCUGAAUAUUGGACGAUAUCAACACACUGCAUCGACACUGCCCGAUGGAAACAUCUUGGUAGUUGGUGGAUAUGGCAUCUAUGACAAUAUUCCAGAAUUGUUCGAUUCCUUAACAAAUAUUUGGACAGAGACUGCUGGCAUGAGUACCGCAUUAGACGGGCAUACCGCAUUGACACUAAGCAAUGGAAAUGCCAUAGUAAUUGGUGGAUAUAACUUGUUUGGUUAUUCAAAGAAAGCAGAACUGUUCGAUCCAUCAACACGGCUUUGGACACAGACUGGCAGCAUAAAUAAUUCACGAGUUUCCCAUACAGCAUCCAUACUACCCAAUGGAAAAGUCUUAGUAACUGGUUGUAGCUCCACAAAUACCUGA